CUUCUUUUUUACCGCGUCAAACCAAAACCUUUCUUUCAAUAACUUCUUUUUUGUAUUUUUCACCAUGUUGCUCAAGUCUGAUAUUCCCCAAGAUGCUCUUGACUUUAUCGAGUUUGUUAACAAGUCACCUUCUCCAUUCCAUGCUACUCAUGAGGCUUCUGUUCUUUUGAAGGCUGCUGGAUUCAAAGAAAUCAAAGAACGUGACAGCUGGAACAACGGUGUCUUGGAACAGAACGGAAAGUACUAUUUCACCCGCAAUGGAUCCUCGAUUGUUGCUUUCAUUGUUGGUGGAAAGUACCAGCCUGGAAACGGAUUCUCAAUGGUUGGUGCUCACACAGACUCACCUUGCCUCAAGAUCAAGCCGGUCUCCAAAAAAGAAAAGAGUGGCUACUUGGAAGUUGGUGUUCAGUUAUAUGGUGGCGGUAUCUGGCACACUUGGUUUGAUAGAGAUCUGAGCAUUGCUGGUCGUGUCUUGGUCUCACAUGAAGACGGUACUUUUAAGCAUACCCUCGUCAAGAUUGACAGACCUCUCUUGCGCAUUCCAACACUUGCCAUUCAUUUGGAUCGUAGUACUAAUGAUGGUUUCCAGUUCAACAAGGAGACUCAAUUGGCACCUGUCUUGGCCACUGCCACUAAAGCUGCAUUGAGCGGCUCAGAUGCGACAGACGGUGUUGAAGCAGAUGCCACCCAUCACCCUCUGUUGAUUCGAAUCUUGGCAGAAGAGAUGAAUGUUGGCCCUGAUCAGAUUCGUGAUUUUGAACUUGCUCUUUACGAUACUCAGGCUUCUACAAUCGGCGGUGCUUGCAAUGAAUUCAUUUUCUCUCCUCGCCUAGACAACCUUGAAAUGUCUUUUUGCUCAAUCCAAGCUCUCAUCCGCUCCAAGGAUGUUGAAAAUGAUACUAAUAUUCGCCUUGUGGCUCUGUUUGAUAAUGAGGAGAUCGGUAGUCAGACUGCUCAUGGUGCAGAUUCAAACCUUUUACCAGUCACUCUCCAACGAUUGGCAAACACUCAGCUUAUGAAUGUUUCUGCCUCUUCGACUGCCUUUGAGGAAGCUAUGCACAAGAGUCUUUUGAUCAGUGCAGACAUGGCACAUGCUGUUCAUCCCAACUAUUCGGACAAGCACGAAGAGAACCACCGCCCUCAGAUGCACAAAGGAACUGUUAUUAAGGUCAACGCUAACCAGCGUUAUGCUACCACAGCUAUGACUAGCUUGGUAUUGAAGGAACUGGCCAAGAAACAUUCUAUUCCUAUUCAAGAAUUUGUUGUACGUAACGACUCAUCCUGUGGAUCUACAAUUGGUCCCAUGUUAAGUGCAAAGUUGGGUCUUCGUACUGUUGAUAUUGGUAAUCCUCAAUUGAGUAUGCAUUCAAUUCGUGAAGUUGGCGGUACAGAUGAUGUGAAGCACGGCAUUAAUUUGUUGCAGGUCUUCUUUGAAGAGUUUGCUGAGCUAGAAGCUCGUAUUCAGGUUGAUUAAAUAUUGUGGCUGGGUGAAAUAAAGUCAAUCACAGUAUAGCUAUUUGCUUUGUUUAUAAAGAGAAUUAUUGAUACUAUUUAGUAUCGAUAUUCAUAUCCUUUAUCAUUUUUCUUUUACUCAAUUCCGUACUAAAAAUAUAAUAUUUUAUGGUAUAUUUGACUUUUGAAUAUAUUCUGCUGUUUCUUUUAUAUAUCCUAUUCCAAUAAAUACAAGCACCAAAGAAUAUAUAUAUAUAUAUAUAUAU